AUGUAUAAAAUAUUUUCAUCUAUUGGAGAGGUAUUAGCACCCCAACCUGCUCAGUCAGAUCUUGAUGAUUUGAAGGCACAUUGGAGAGCAAUUGUAUCUUUUUAUAAUGAUAAAAGGGAUGAUAUCGAAAGUUUUCACGAAUAUCAAUUACCAGGUCAUUUAAUUGGUAUGGGUUCUAAAUUAGUAGAUGAAAAUAAAAAAAUGGGUGAUGCUGGACCAUGUAUAGAGUUCUUUUUAAAAAAUAAAAUAUUCGAAACUUUAUGUCUGUUGGGGGAACAUGAUAAACCACAAGGUGUUAGAAAAUUAGUUUUACAAACAAUAACAACAUUAUUAGGUGAUUUAUCGCAACCAUUAUUACCAUACAUGAGUGUACACAAGCCAAUUUGUGGUUUAAUAAAAAAGAUGAUCAAACAGCAACAGCAACAACAGUUAUUACAACAACAGCAACUAUUACAGCAACAACAAGCAUUGAAUGGUUCAUCCUCUUCUAUUAAUAUAGCGAAUAAUGGUAGUAAUAACAUAUCACCAACAUCAGCAACUAUUGUAACAUCACAGCAAAUCGAAGAUGACAGAAAAUUAUUACCCAUUAACCGUCUACCAUUACAAUCAAAUGAUGAUAGUGAAUUUGUAAAUCUUUUAGAAACAUUAACAUCAAUUUUAAUUAAAUAUCCAAAUUUAAUUGGUUUUUUUCAAGACAACUCAUUUAACCAAGGUGAAAACUUUAUUGUAUUUCAGGGUUUAUUAGGACACUUAUGGACCCAUGGCUCUAUUGGUGAAAGAGCUAGAAAAUCAAUGAUUCAAUGUUUAGAGUUAAUUUCAGAAGUUCAAACAACUCCAUCUAUUGAACUAAUAGCAUCAAAUACAACUAGUGAUUUAAAAAAAUCUCAAUCUUUAACUUCACCAUCAGCACAAAACAAUGGUAUAUCACCCUUAGUAAAUUUAAAUACAGCAACAUCACCAAAAGAAGAGAAAUUAGAAUUUGUACACCCAGAUCCAUUAUCAUUAUUAAAUCACCUUAAAUUUAUGAACACAAUGAUGACAGAACUUAUUAAAACUUUUGAUUUAUUACCUAUAAAAAUUAAAUCAUCUCAUUAUUAUAUUUCUGGACCACCAAUCUCAUCAGAAAAUUUAAAUAUAUUAGAACACUUUAAAUCAAGAGUUUCAUUUUGUUGUGCAUUGUCAUAUAUUAAAAAAAAUAACAUUGGUGAAUAUAUUAUAACACUAUGGGAGGAAUUAUUUUUAGCAGAUACUUUAGGACCAAACCUUUUGGGUCUUGAUGAGGGUAAAUCUGCUACAGCAAUGCUAUACCUCAAAGAGGUAUUACCAUUAUUAGAUGGUGAACUUUUAGAAAAAACCAUUUCUUUCUUUUUAGGUGGCACCAACCCACUUCAUAAUGCAGAGUCACUAAAGAAUUCAGGAAAUAGUUUUACCAGUGUUGACGAUGAGGAUUACUUUUUUAAGAAAACUCUUAUCAAAAGAAUUUCAAGUAAAAACUUUAUAGUUUCAAUUAGUGCACUUAGAUUGUUUUCAACAAUGGUCGGAUUGCGUGACUUUUUUACACUAUACGAUUUAAUUUUAGUUCACUUAAAGAGAUAUCACCAACAAUCAUCUUUUGGUUAUCAUGGUUUAAAUAAUUUAUUAGUUGCUCAAAGAUCAAUUACAAACUAUUUAAAUUUAUUUGGAAACAAAUAUUCAAAUUUAGCCCAAUUAUCAGAUCAGUCAAAUGGAAAUAUCAGUGAUUUACUUCAAAAUAAAAUUAAUUCUCAAACAAAUGGUUAUAGUGCUUAUUUAGUGGAUGCACGUUAUCAAAUCACCUUAUAUUCUGAAGCUUGUUCAAAUUGGCCAAAAGAAUAUUUAUUCCCAUCAAGACAAUCAUUUAACCAACCACAACAACAAAAUAACAAUAAUAAUAAUAAUAAUAAUAAUAAUAAUAAUAAUAAUAAUAAUAAUAAUAAUAAUAAUAGUUUAAAUAAUAGUAAAAAUAAUAUAUCAUCAAAUAUUUCAAAUAAUAAUAUAAGUUUUAAUAAUAAUAAUUUAAAUAAUAGUAAUAAUAAUAAUUCAACUGAAUAUUAUGGUUUAUUUUUAGAGGAACUUUUCAAACUAUUCCGAAAUUGUUUAUCUUUACCAAUCGAAAUUAAUUUUGUUAUUACUGGUAUUUUUUCAAAGUUAUGUUAUUACCCAUGUCCACAGCUUUUCCCAUAUUUAAUGCAUUCUAGUGAUAGUAAUAACACCAGCGAUGAUAAUAAUGACAAUAAUAAUAAUGUAAAAAAUAAUAUAGUUAAUAAUAAUAGUCCAAAAGUUCUCUCACAACCUUCAUCCCCUCUUACAUCAUAUCCAUUCGACACAUUAAAAGAUGACGAAGAAGAAAAUGAAGAUUUUACAGAGGAUAAUAAUAUAGAAAUCAACGAAAACAAAGAAAAUAAAAACAAUAAAAAUAAUAACAACAAUAACAAAAACAAUAAUAAUAAUAAUGAUAAUAAUAACAAUAACAAUAACCCAACAUCGAUUUAUAAUGUUUUAUUAAAUUUAUCAAAAGAAAUUGAAGAAAGAUCAAAAUCAUAUCAAUUUUUUAACGAAAUUUUAGACAAGUUAAGACUUUAUAUGACAGAUACUAAUAGAAUUAGUUCAAAUGAAGAAAAUAACUUCCCAGAUGACCCAGUACUUUCCUCAUUAAAACCCUCCGAAUUAAACUUUUUCAACGCUGUAAUUAUACUUGAAGAGUUUUGUAAAGAAUUGGCUUCAAUUUUACAAGCUAGAGUCGUUUGGUCAAAUCAAACAAAAUAA